AUGUCUUUCCUUCAUAAUCAUUCUUGCGAGUGCGUUAAGUCAGAAUUGGAUUUGUUUGCACUACCGUCUACACAAACUAGCAUUGAAAAUGGAUUGUGGAUUCAUUAUAAACCAAUUUCAUCUCUUGGUGAUGAUGGACCUAUCGAGUUUCAAGUUCCUGGGACCGGCGAUGACUACAUAGAUUUGUCUCAUACAUUACUCCACAUAAAGGCAAAAGUAUUAAAUCAAGAUUCAACUAACUUGGUAUCUACUACAAUAGUAGCACCUGUAAAUAAUUGGCUGCAUUCACUUUUUAGUCAACUUGAUGUUUAUUUAAACCAAAAACUUGUAUCACCACCUAAUAAUACCUAUGCAUAUCGAGCAUACAUGGAAACCCUUUUAAACUAUGCCCCUGCUGCUAAACAAUCUCAUCUUACUUGUAGUCUUUGGUAUGAGGAUACAGCAGGAAAAAUGGAUUCUACAGAUGGUAAAAACAUAGGAUUUGUUAAAAGACAGGAAUUGAUUAGUGAAAGUAAGGAAAUAGAAAUGAUUGGUCAUCUUCACGGUGACAUUUUUAACCAAGAUAAAUUUUUAAUUAAUGGUGUUGAAAUGAGUGUUAAAAUGGUUCGAUCAAGAGAGAGUUUUAAUUUAAUUGUUGGGUCGAACGAUGUAAAGUUUAAAGUUUGCAUUACGGACGCAACUCUUAUUGUGCGACGAGCACGAAUUAAUCCAAGUGUAUUACUCGCACAUCAAAAAGUUUUAGCUUCUACCACUGCUAAAUAUCCUAUUACUCGAGCUGAAGUAAAAGUUUUAACAAUUCCUUCAGGUGUUCAAGGAAAAACUCUUGAUAAUAUAUUUUUAGGACAGGUACCGAAAAGAUUUAUAAUUGGAUUUGUGAACAAUUCUGCAUUUAAUGGUUCCCUUACUAAAAAUCCAUUUAACUUUGAAAACUAUGGUAUUAAUUCUUUCAGCUUAUAUAUUGAUGGUCAACAAAUACCUUCAAAAGCUUUGCAACCAUCUUUUAAUAAUAGCAUAUUUACAUCAGCAUAUCAUACUCUAUUCUCGGGAACUGGUAUUCACUUUCUUAAUGAAGGAAAUGGAAUCUCUUGUGAACAGUAUGGCAAAGGUUACUGUCUAUUAGCAUUUGACUUAACUCCUGAUUUAUCAGCUAACUCAUCAACUCAUUGGAAUCUCAUAAAGCAUGGUAGUGUAAGAAUAGAAGUACGAUUUGAAUCCUCAUUAAUACAAACAAUUAACUGUAUAGUUUAUGCUGAGUUUGAUAAUAUUAUUGAGAUAGAUAAAAACAGAAAUGUUACUGUAGACUAUAGUAGUUAA